GUAAUGGUUUCGUCGCUAUAGCUCUCGGACCUGUUUUUGGUGGAAAGGCGACGAAGAAAGGGAAAAAGUACAUAACGGUGCCGACAAUGAACUCGUCGAAGAUGCGCCGGAAGGUAGUUCCGGCGGCGGCGGAGAACGGUGAAUCAGCCGACAAGCUUGACCAGCUCCUCCUGUCCUCCGCCAUCUGCAACGGAGAAGAUCUCGGUCCCUUCGUUCGGAAGGCUUUUGCUUCCGGGAAGCCAGAGACUCUCCUCCACCACCUCCGCCAUUUUGCUCGAUCCAAGGAAUCGGAAAUCGAGGAAGUAUGCAGGGCUCACUACGAGGACUUCAUCACCGCCGUAGACGACCUCAGAUCCCUCCUCUCCGACGUUGAUUCACUCAAAUCCUCGCUCUCCAACUCCAAUUCUCAGCUCCAGUCCGUUGCUGUUCCGCUCCUCACCUCCCUAGACUCCUUCGUUGAAGCUCGCAACAAGUGCAAAAACAUUAGCCUCGCUAUAGAAUCUCUACGAACUUGCGUGCAAUUAGUCGAGCUUUGCUCGCGAGCCAACUCUCAUCUCUCGAAGAACAACUUCUACAUGGCUUUGAAGUGCGUGGACUCAAUUGAGCGAGAGUUUCUGGAUAAAACACCAUCAUCUACGCUCCGCAGAAUGCUGGAGAAGCAGAUCCCGUCGAUUCGAUCGCAUAUUGAACGCAGAGUCAACAAAGAUUUUGGUGAUUGGCUUGUUGAGAUCCGAGUUGUUAGUCGGAAUUUAGGCCAGUUAGCCAUCGGACAAGCCUCCGCAGCGAGGCAAAGAGAAGAGGAACUUAGAAUCAAGCAACGGCAAGCCGAGGAGCAGAGUCGACUCAGUCUCAGGGAUUGCGUUUAUGCUCUUGAGGAAGAAGAAGAUGACGGACUUGAUGGACUAAGCGAUGAGAGCAGGGACGGUUACAACAACGGAGGUACUGGAAUGUUGGGGUUCGAUUUGACGCCAUUGUACAGGGCUUAUCACAUUCACCAGACUCUAGGCCUCGAGGAUCGUUUCAAGCAGUAUUAUUUUGAGAAUAGGAAGCUCCAAUUGACUUCUGAUUUCCAGGUAUCAUCAAUGACGCCCUUUCUCGAAUCUCAUCAAACGUUUUUUGCACAAAUUGCUGGAUUUUUUAUUGUUGAGGAUCGUGUUUUGAGGACUGGUGGUGCAUUGAUAUCUAAAGUGGAGGUGGAGAAUUUAUGGGACACUGCUGUUAGUAAGAUGUGUUCUGUUUUAGAAGAUCAAUUUUCUAGGAUGCAAACUGCUAACCAUUUGCUGCUGAUAAAGGACUAUGUGAGUUUGCUUGGAGUAACAUUGCGCCGUUAUGGUUACCCGAUUGAUGCUUUGCUUGAUGUGCUGAGCAAGCAUAGGGAUAAAUAUCAUGAACUCCUGUUGUCUGAUUGUCGUAAGCAAAUAUCUGAGGCUCUUGCUGCUGACAAGCUCGAGCAAAUGUAUAUGAAAAAGGAAUAUGAGUACUCGAUGAAUGUUCUUUCCUUUCAGCUGCAAACAUCUAAUAUCGUCCCUGCAUUUCCUUAUGUUGCACCAUUUUCUUCCAUGGUACCUGAUUGCUGUAGAAUUGUACGGUCAUUUAUUGAGGAUUCAGUGAGUUUUAUGUCGUAUGGCGGACAGCUUGAUUUCUACAAUAUGGUGAAGAAAUACUUGGACCGUCUUUUGACUGAGGCCCUAGAUGGAGCUUUAUUGAAACUUAUAGAUACCUCAAUUACCGGUGCUACUCAAGCUAUGCAGAUGGCAGCAAAUAUGGCAGUGUUUGAACGGGCUUGUGAUUUCUUCUUUCGCCAUGCUGCACAACUUUCAGGGAUUCCGCUGAGAAUGGUGGAGAGGGGCAGGAGGCAGUUUCCAUUGACUAAAGCCAGUGAUAAGGCUGAAGAGAUGCUGUCUGGAUUGCUUAAGCAAAAGGUUGAUGGGUUUCUCAUGCUGAUAGAGAAUGUAAAUUGGAUGGCUGAUGAUCCUCCUCAAGGGGGAAAUGAAUAUGCAAAUGAGGUCAUUAUUUUCCUGGAAACUCUUGUCUCUACUGCUCAGCAGAUAUUGCCGGUUCCAGUUCUCAAAAGAGUUAUGCAAGAUGUUCUUGCUCACAUAUCAGAAAUGGUAGUUGGGUCAUUGCUAGGUGAAUCUGUUAAAAGGUUUAACAUCAAUGCCAUCAUGGGUCUUGAUGUGGAUAUUCGGCUGUUGGAAUCAUUUGCUGAGAACCAAGCCCCUCUUCUAUCUGAUGCAGAUGCAAAUCAGUUGAAAGCAGCUCUGGCUGAGUCAAGACAAUUGGUCAAUUUACUCUUAAGCAAUCACCCUGAAAAUUUCCUGAAUCCAGUAAUUCGAGAGAGGAGCUAUAAUGCCUUGGACUACCGUAAAGUAGUGGCAAUUUCAGAAAAGAUGCGUGAUCAAUCAGAUCGUCUCUUUGGAUCAUUUGGAACUAGGGGAGCCAAACAAAACACAAAGAAGAAAUCUCUUGAUCAAUUGAUCAAAAGGCUCAAGGACGUGAACUAAAAUUCAUUAAACCUCUAAGGUAGAGACAAUGAUGCAUAGGAGAAUUAUUCUUUAUGAUAGUACUGACGAAGGUGGUAAUGGUGAUUAUUUUAUUGUGUACAAUGUUUCAAGACUGCUUCAUAGGAGAAAUACUAUAUGCUUUGAAAAUGCAGACGCAAUGCCUUUUCCUGGGAGCUUCUGCUGAAGGGAAGUGUAUUCGUCUGCCAUGAUUUAACAUUCUCAUACAUUUCGCUGUCCCUGCAGACAUUUUUGACUUGUUAUGUGGUCUGCAUUGCAUGUUUAUCAAAUUCAUCUUUCGUAAUUGGUGCA